CAGAACGUCGCUGUCUCCAACGUUCCAUCCUCCGAACAUCUAUUACGCCUGAAUCAUGAGGGAGAUUGUACACAUCCAGGCCGGCCAGUGUGGCAACCAGAUCGGCGCUAAGUUUUGGGAGGUGAUCAGUGACGAACAUGGUAUUGACCCCACUGGCACCUAUCAUGGAGACAGUGAUCUGCAGCUUGACAGAAUCAGCGUCUAUUACAAUGAGGCCACAGGUGGUAAAUAUGUCCCUCGAGCCAUCCUUGUUGAUCUGGAACCAGGAACUAUGGACUCUGUGCGCUCAGGACCCUUUGGACAGAUAUUCAGGCCUGACAACUUUGUCUUUGGUCAAAGUGGUGCUGGCAACAACUGGGCAAAAGGCCAUUACACAGAAGGUGCUGAAUUGGUAGACUCUGUACUGGAUGUUGUGAGAAAAGAGGCAGAGAGCUGUGACUGCCUACAGGGCUUCCAGCUCACUCACUCUCUGGGUGGUGGAACAGGGUCUGGUAUGGGCACUCUCUUGAUUAGUAAGAUCCGAGAAGAAUACCCUGACCGCAUCAUGAAUACCUUUAGUGUUGUCCCAUCUCCAAAGGUGUCUGAUACAGUGGUAGAACCAUACAAUGCAACUCUUUCUGUUCAUCAGCUAGUUGAAAACACAGAUGAAACCUACUGUAUUGAUAAUGAAGCACUCUAUGACAUCUGCUUCCGUACCCUCAAGCUUACUACACCAACAUAUGGAGACCUUAAUCAUCUUGUUAGUGCUACAAUGAGUGGAGUCACUACCUGCCUCCGUUUCCCUGGCCAGUUAAAUGCUGAUCUUCGCAAAUUGGCUGUCAACAUGGUGCCCUUCCCACGUCUACACUUUUUCAUGCCUGGGUUUGCGCCCCUAACCAGCAGAGGCAGUCAGCAGUACCGUGCACUGACAGUGCCUGAGCUCACACAGCAGGUGUUUGAUGCCAAAAACAUGAUGGCAGCCUGUGACCCACGCCACGGCAGGUACCUUACAGUGGCAGCUGUAUUCCGUGGACGUAUGUCCAUGAAAGAAGUUGAUGAGCAGAUGCUUAAUGUCCAGAACAAGAACAGCAGCUACUUCGUUGAAUGGAUUCCCAACAAUGUCAAGACAGCUGUAUGCGACAUACCACCCCGUGGCCUUAAGAUGGCAGUCACCUUCAUUGGUAACAGCACUGCCAUUCAGGAGCUGUUCAAACGCAUCUCAGAGCAGUUUACAGCCAUGUUCCGUCGCAAGGCCUUCUUGCAUUGGUACACAGGAGAAGGGAUGGAUGAGAUGGAGUUCACAGAAGCGGAGAGCAACAUGAAUGAUCUGGUCUCUGAGUACCAGCAGUAUCAAGAUGCUACUGCUGAAGAAGAGGAAGAUUUCAAUGAAGAGGCUGAAGAAGAAGCUUAGACUCUUCUCACUGUUGCUGAAAUUCCUUUCACGUUUCCUCCUCCAUUCUCAGGCUGAGAAAGAUCUGUACCGAAGAGUAGUAUUUGUUUUUAUAUUCAUAUUUUUCCAUUUCCUUUUUUCUCCUUACUUGUUUUUGUUGUCUCUCAAACUUCUAUUCCCAUUUUCUGUGUUCUGCUUGUCAGUUAAGGUAGGUUGUGGCUUAAUUGGGGUAAACAGUUUGCUAAGGUUUUACAGUAGGUCUCUGGUUUCAGUAUGCAGUAAUUUGCCUCUGGAUUUGGGUUUUGGAUUUUAAGAGAGUUUUAACAGCCCAUUGUGAAUUCCAUCUUUCCUUGGCCUAAUAACAUCAUCAAAUUUGUGGCUGGGUGCUGGUUUCUGCAGCUACAUUUGGGUUACAAAGCAAACCUCUAAUUUAGUCCCUUGGGACUUUACAAAACCCUUGCAGAUUUUGCUUCUUUCUGUGCUUUUACAGAUCACAUUCAAGUGUUUGGUGGACAUUCACAUUUUCUUAUGUUACUAUGGAAAUGACCUAGUAAGUGUUAAAAUACACGUAACUGCAACUUCUGUCAACUAGAGCAAUAGAUAUGAUUCGGUUUUGCUCACAUUUAUGUAAAUCCCAAGUAUUUGAAAUACCUUAAUACUUCCAAUUAGAAAAUAUGAAAUGAAACUGAUGUUUAACAAAUGCACUUAAUUCCCUUUACUGUAAACAGUAUUGGUUGGUUAAUUAUAAGCUACAUUAAUCAUAUAGGCCCACUAUCCAUUGGGUAACUGGCAUGGUUCAUUGCCUGCAGUUGUAUGUAGAGAAGUGCUCUGCAUUUUACUUAACAAGUAACAGAAAAAAGUGCAGAAGAAUGCUAAAGAACUCUACACAGUGAUAUAGGGAUUAUUUCUUCUUCUUCUCUUAACUUUACUCUUCAGAUUUUCUUACAUUACUUCCCUUUUUCUUCUCUUGUUCCCAUACCAUUAUUUUUAUUUUACUGUUGCUUUUUCAUAUUGAAAAGAUGACAAGCCUGUGACGGAAAAAAAUAAAACCCUUUUUUUUUUA